AUGUCCCCUUCCAAAAUGCAUGCUACAACAGGGUCUACUUCCGAAGUCGAACAAAAAAUCAGACAAGAGUUAGCUCUUAGUGAUGAAGUUACCACCAUCAGACGCAACGCUCCAGCUGCCGUCUUGUACGAGGAUGGUCUGAAAGAAAAAAAGACCGUUAUCUCAUCAAGUGGCGCAUUGAUUGCUUAUUCUGGUGUCAAAACCGGUAGAUCUCCAAAGGACAAGCGUAUUGUCGAAGAAUCCACUUCGAAAGACGAAAUCUGGUGGGGUCCUGUUAAUAAACCAUGCUCAGAAAGAACCUGGUCUAUUAAUCGUGAAAGAGCCGCUGAUUACUUGAGAACAAGAGACCACAUUUACAUCGUCGAUGCCUUUGCUGGUUGGGAUCCAAAGUACAGAAUCAAAGUUCGUGUUGUCUGUGCAAGAGCCUACCAUGCUUUAUUCAUGACAAAUAUGCUUAUAAGGCCUACGGAAGAGGAAUUAGCUCAUUUCGGUGAACCAGAUUUUACGGUUUGGAACGCUGGUCAAUUCCCAGCUAAUUUACACACGCAAGACAUGUCUUCAAAAAGUACUAUAGAAAUUAACUUCAAAGCAAUGGAAAUGAUCAUUUUAGGUACGGAAUAUGCCGGUGAAAUGAAAAAAGGCAUUUUCACUGUGAUGUUUUACUUGAUGCCUGUUCACCACAAUGUUUUGACUCUCCACUCUUCAGCAAAUCAAGGCAUCCAGAACGGUGAUGUCACCUUGUUUUUUGGUUUAAGUGGUACUGGAAAAACUACCUUAUCUGCAGACCCACAUAGAUUGCUAAUCGGUGAUGAUGAACAUUGUUGGUCAGAUCAUGGUGUCUUCAAUAUCGAAGGCGGUUGUUACGCAAAAUGUAUCAACUUAUCGGCUGAGAAGGAGCCUGAAAUCUUUGACGCUAUUAAAUUUGGCGCUGUAUUAGAAAAUGUUAAGUACGACGAGAAGUCCCAUGUCGUUGACUAUGACGAUUCAUCAAUCACUGAAAACACUAGAUGCGCCUACCCAAUUGACUACAUCCCAAGCGCUAAAAUCCCAUGUUUGGCUGACUCCCAUCCAAAGAACAUUAUCUUGUUGACCUGUGAUGCUUCCGGGGUUUUACCGCCGGUAUCUAAGUUGACCCCCGAACAAGUCAUGUACCACUUCAUCUCUGGUUAUACCUCCAAAAUGGCGGGAACCGAACAAGGUGUUACUGAACCUGAACCAACAUUUUCUUCUUGUUUCGGCCAACCCUUCUUAGCUUUGCACCCUAUCAGGUACGCUACCAUGUUGGCCACUAAGAUGUCUCAUCAUAAGUCUAAUGCUUAUUUGAUCAACACCGGCUGGAGUGGUUCCUCUUACGUAUCUGGUGGUAAACGUUGUCCACUAAAGUACACAAGAGCUAUCUUAGACUCUAUCCAUGACGGUUCAUUGGCUAACGAGACAUAUGAAUCUUUGCCAAUUUUCAACUUGCAGGUACCUACCAAGGUUAAAGGUGUCCCCGCUGAAUUGUUAAAUCCGGCCAAAAAUUGGUCUCAGGGCGAAGCCAAAUAUAAGGGCUCUGUUACCAACUUAGCUAAUUUGUUUGUUGAAAACUUCAAAAUUUAUCAAGACAGAGCCACUCCAGACGUAUUAGCUGCUGGUCCUCAAUUUGAGUAA